CAGCAUUUCGUGUUUGGUGAAGACAAGACUUUUUAGUUUUGCGUAACUUGACGUAGGGGGAGUGAUGUUUGCUCCACCUCAUGGGUGCGACACGCCCCAGUUAACGUACAGCUUAGCGCCUUUUCUUCACAUUCACUUCGUAAAAGCGUUAAAGCCAUGUCUUCACUAAGUGAUAGGUCUGACAAGGAGAUCGGCCAGCUGCUGGAUGAAUAUGGGAUCAAACAUGGACCAAUUGUGGAAACCACACGAAAACUCUACGAGAAGAAACUGAAAGAGGCCAUGAGCAAAAACACUAAACCAUCCUCAUCUGACAAGACAUACUACAGAGAAGAACAGGAAGAAGUGGAAUAUGUCCAUUAUCUGCCCCAGCAACAAUUUACUAGAGAUGAUGGAUCUAGUGAUGUUACACGAAGGUCAAAAGCCGGAGAUUCGGACUUUACUCACGAUAUAAGAAGAUCACAGUUCACAAACUACAGAGAUGAUGUAGAUUACACCCCUGAGCCCGUUAUCAGCCAAUCUCGAACAUCCUACCAGACGACUUCUCGCCCAGGCCCAUCAGUUUACAAAGCCAGCCAGAAAGGUGCCACUCCAGAGUCCAGCAAAUCUGCCAGUGUGCCGGUUUGGCUUCGUGUCUUGGUUUUUCUUAUCAUUGCUGUAUUUCUUUAUUAUGUGUACUCGUCUAUGGAGCCCGCAGAAGAAGGUCCCUUUAAAAACAUUGACUAGAAGAGAUGUUUAAGAUGAAAAUUGAAGAAUAACCAAAAACGUGGCCUAACAAAGAUAAUUUUUUUAUGUUGCUAUAUUUCAUAGCUGUUCAUCCAUGAAUUUACAUAAUUCUGUAAUUUAAAGUUUUAUAAAAAAUAUUUUGCACGUCUUUUAUGUUACAAUAUGAUAAAACCAUUUCAACUUUCAUGACUAGUGAGGAGUUGCCAUGAAUUAAAAAAAUAAUAAUUAGCUUAAGUUAUUUCAACAAUAUUUUAUAAUUUACAGCAACUCGCUAGUCAUGAAAGUUGUAAUGAAUUGUAAAUUGAAGUUAAAUAAACUUGUGCAACAAGGAAUUUUUACAGUUUUCCAUGAACAUAAUGUACAAUGUAGUACGAGGUCAUUUCUGUUCACUACUUUAAUGCGGUGUUUAGCACUGGUCUUAACUUCAGCAACAAUGGCUAAAGCACAUUUUGUAGUGUAUUGCUUUAUUCAUUACCAUAUUCGCAUGAUAGCAAAGCCUUGAGCGCCUUAUUGCUCUCAUUAAACUGUCACUUUAUAAAUAAAUACUUUUAAAGAUUUUAUACAUCAUCCUCAAAUUGAUAAACGUACAUAUGCUUUUUAAACUGAAUGUUUUUCCUGGAAAAAAGUGUAAAAUAUUUUAAGCAGCUUGAAUAAACCUUUUUGAAAAAGA